UAUAUAUUAGACAUCAGAAAGAACCUGAUUGACAAAAAAUAUAUAUCUAUUCGUUCUGUUUUUUUAAAGCGCUAUUAUCAUGCAACUUGGCCCUACGGUGGUAGGAUAUGGGAACGAAGCCAGUCAAUAACGACUGGUCUAUGCGCUAUUUGUACUUGGUCGUAUCGAGGUAAUCGAUAAUAAUAAUUGCAGUCAACGCGGUAUGUCGCGCCGAGGUGGCCCGCUCCGCUCCGCUUGCGAACUGCAAAGUAGUGUGACUACGGCGCGACGAAGUGGGACGAAGCGCAGCGAAGUUACACGAGAACGCAAAUCCGACGACCAAUGGUGCACGAGGGGCCGGUCGAUGGGUGGUCGACGGAUCAGGCAGUCGACCUUCGAAUACGACCGGCGAAGCUACGCCCAUAAACGUAGGUCGCGCGUGGGGUUCGACAGUGGACCCGACGGAGAGGGAACGGACUCGUUGAGAAAGACAGCGAUGGACAAUGAGUCAGCUGUCAGGCACGCAGGCGUCUCUCAGUAUAAUUCAGCAACUGGACUAAGUCAACCGAACUCGCGAUGAGCACGAAUAUUGAGGCACGAAUACUAGGUAGAGGUGUAGUGUUCGGACACCGGACAGUGACUUGGUGGUCCAUUAAAGAAGAUUUAGUUUUAUUAUUUUUUACGAGUAAUUUUAAAUAAGGAGUACUAUCGAUCUAUCUUAUUGUGAUAGUAACUGACAUCGAAAGAAGAAACAAACAAAUUCAAAGAAAUUUGAGAGUAUAUUAUAUCAAUUGUGUGUAACUCUUUUUGGAAUUAAAGAUUCAGAAUGGAAAGAAGAGAAGGAGUGAAGAUCGAAGGAAUUACAAUAUCAAAGAUUAUUUUUGUGAAAAUGUGCAAAGUGUUUGGAACAAUUCAAAUAUACAUAAAUUGAGACGAUAUUAAUUUGUAUCUUUCCAAGAUACAAUAAUAUUCUGACUGAAAAUAAAGUGUUAAGUUAACUUAUAAAUAUCUAAUAUUUAGUUUAAGUCAUAAAUCUGAUAUAAUAAUAUCAAUGUUAUCGAUACACGACCUGAAUAGUUGGCUCUGUCCGACAUGACAUUUCCCGUUUAUAUUUAUUUUAAAUAAUCCUGUAGAAAUUUUAUUGGUGAAAGUGUGCCUGUAUCGGUUAAACAUGACUAGAUUUGUUUUAAAUCAAGAUGUCUCGUAUGAUUCAUGCUCAGGGGCCAGUUUGAAUUUGGACGCAAGUUCGAACAAAUUCGGAUUCGAUAUGCUCCCAUCUCAUUAUCCUCCGAUGUACUAUCCGUUUUCCAAUACAAUUUCACCCGACGUAACAAAGGCCAUAAGAGAUACCGGGCAACAGAUACCUAUGCAACAAGAGGAACAUAUCAAGAGGCCCAUGAACGCGUUCAUGGUGUGGUCCCGCCAAAAGCGGAAGGAGAUCGCGAUGGAGAAUCCAAAAAUGCACAAUUCGCAGAUUUCAAAGAUACUCGGCGCGACUUGGAAGACACUCACCGACGAGGAUAAAACCCCUUUCGUCGAGCAGGCGAAGUAUCUGCGCAGUCAGCACAUGAAGGACUAUCCGAAUUACAAAUAUCGACCUCGAAAAAAGUUGAAAGCAGGUUCCGCUGUCAAGUCCGUGUCCGGCAUGUGCAUCCCUACGAGGCCUUGCACCAGUUUCCCACUAUCGUCGGUUUACCCCACGCCGAUCGUCACUCCCCCCGCUAUACAUCAUCCGCUGAGCUAUCAUCCGUAUCACGGGACCGUUCAUUUCAAGGCAGCGAACCCAAACUCACCGUCCACGUCGGCUACAAUCGCUGACGGCAACAAUAACGCAUCCUUGGAUAGUCUAUAUCAUUUCUACUCGAUGUCAUCGACGGUUGGUAAUGCAACUACAUUGUCACACCUGAAUCCGCUCUUCUCGAGCAGCCAUCAUACGUUGGGUGCCAACAGCCUCCAUUCUCAGCUGAUGUUUUCCCCCUCGCCCGGACCUAACAGUGCCGUCGUCAACAAUUACGAUACUAGUAUAUCGCAAUCUACCUCGUUGCCGAUGCAACCCCCUGGGACAACGUCUACCUUAGAUCCUGAUAUGUUUCAUAGAUUUGAUGCGUACUCACAAUGAAGAAUGAAGAAAUGCCAUAAGUAUCGAAUAUGACGCAAGCACUGCUUAUCUAAAUUUAUAUGUAUUAGUAAUAUUAUUAUAUUUAUAAAUAAUAUAUAUAGUAAGAAAAUAUUGUACAGAGAAAAGGAAAACCAUAAAUACUAUAGUAUCUAAACAAUAGAAUAACAAGGAUACAUAGAAUAACAAAUUCCGUAACUUUUUUGUUAGAAUUAAAAAAAAUAAAAGACACUAGAAAGAUGUCGAACAGGCAAUUAAAUUAUUAGACAAUUUAUAA